UAUAAUUACAGCUCACGUGUAUAGCACGUGUACACUUAUAUGUACUUAUGUAGAUAAAUUUGCAUCGUCGUAAACACGAAAGUUGAUGGAAAUGUUAACGAAGAGGAAACGCUUAACUACGUUAUAAAACAUCAGCUAAGUAGCCGUUUUCCAUGUAAUCAAGAUGCUAGACCGAGGUUUUUUCUUUUCCAAAAUGUCAGUCCAGUAACGCGAAACCUGGCUCUUCUUCUACGUUGCGCAAUCGUUUCUACAAAUUAUUUUCUCCGCUGCACUUACGAUAUUACGCUCAGUGUUGACGAAAAAUUGGGAAAAGUUCUGCGCACUAUGAAGAAUAGAUAUUAACACGCUAACUGCCACGAUGAUCGCCGUUGAUUCACGUCGUCAAAUUGUCUUGGAUGGUUAAAAUAAGAUCAAUUUUAUGGACUGAAAGAUGUUCGCCAACGUGAAUGAUUUGCUUAACAAUAUCAGAGAAAAUGCGUGGAAAUAGGACAUAAUACUUUGCAAAAAUUAAAUCUUAUGGUACAUUUCAAUCUAUCGCGGCUGUCAGGACAAAGUAUAGAAAAUUCGCAGUCACAUUGCAGUAAAUGCGUUAUAGAAAAUCUCGCGAAAAUUCAACCUCUUUGGGACCGCAUUUUCUCACGUUUUUCGCUUCACUUCUUACAAAUUCCCUUUGGAUUUUCGGAUGAGACGUUCGAUCGGCCGCUUGUCCGCUCGGCUACGCUCGGCCCGGUUCACCGAAGUCGCACGAUCGCUCGAAGAAAUCGACGCGGAGAACGAUCGGUAGGGUGGGGUAACGAGAGAGCAAGUGUACCAAACAAGUGAAGGGAGAAGCUCUCUGUUCCGAGGUCGAUAACUAAGUGUCAGUAGUCAGAGUCGACCCGAGUGGAGGAUCAGACCGAGCGACCACUAUGACGAUCGAACACCGGAGGAGCGUGACCUUUUUGGCCGUGGUGAUUUUUCUUGCCUCCGUUGAAGCAGCUACCCUGUUGGGUGCGCCACCCUGUCCCAAUCCUCAUGGCGUCCACGCGUACGCUCACCCCGAGGACUGCAACUCAUUCUUCCUCUGUACGAACGGUACCCUGACCCUCGAGUACUGCGAGAACGGAUUACUUUUCGACGGCCAUGGCGCCGUACACGACCAUUGCAACUAUCACUGGGCCGUCCACUGCGGAGAUCGCAAGGCUGACCUUACUCCGCUCAGUAGUCCCGGCUGCGAAUAUCAAUUCGGUCUCUAUCCUGCCAGCGACCUGUGCAGCACCACUUACAUCAAAUGCGUCCACGGACAUCCCGAGGAAACGCACUGCGACGCAGGGUUAGUAUACGACGAGAAGAGUCACACUUGCGUCUGGCCCGAUCAACUGUUGCCCUACUGCAAUCCGGAGGAAAUAGUCGGCUUCAAGUGUCCGCACAAAGUACCUUCGCACAGCGCUGCUGCCAAGUUCUGGCCUUACCCGAGAUUCCCUGUACCUGGGGACUGUGGCAGAUUGAUCACCUGCGUCGAUGGCAAUCCACGUUUACUUACGUGCGGCGAUGGAAAACUCUUCGAUUCCGUGAGUCUGAGCUGUUUGGAUCCUGACGAACUGCCUCAUUGUGCCAAUACCGUUUAAGUUACACACGGAUAUCAGCAUCGCUAUUCGAGUUCGCAAGAGUCUAUCAACCGUUUUAGAACCACGAAAUCUGCAGCCUUCACCGUUUAUUCGAAGCAAAAUAUUCUACUUGAUAAAAAAUAAUCUAAUCGCCUACCGGAAACGUUACGAAUGAGUAAAAUUAGCGAAACUACAACGCAAAGUAUUGCUUUAUCGGUACAAAGUAGACGAUACCGAUAGAUCUGUACAAUUUCACAGAUGUAUAAUAAUUAUAUAAAGCAAAAAUAGAUCUAUCGAUAUUUCUAAUUACUUUUAGUUAGAAAAAUGUGUUUUAAAGGGAAAACAACCGGAAAACGAUAGGGACAACGACGUGUACACUGAACAUUGGAAUAAAAUGUGGACAUGCGUACAAAAAA